CACACAUGAAUGUUAGAAUAAAAAGUUAUGUAAGAAUGAAGGGGCUUUUGCUCUUUCUGUUUUUUUCACUGCCACUGGUUACCACAGAUCAUUCAGUAGUUCCUUGGUCCAUGUCUACCCAGCUUCCGGUAAAUGGUGCCAGAAGUAAGCCAGUAGUGAUACCUUGCAUUUUGACGCAUCCUCAACAACUCGGAUACACUGGGAGGAUUGUGGUCAUUUGGAAAAAACAUAAUACAAGAGAUGGCCCAGUUGUUUUUAACUGCAGUACUCUUAACAAUACAUAUGCAGGCUCAGAUGGAUGUUCGGUUGCCAGUUCAGACCGCUUCUCACUGGCUGGGAGUCCAAAGCAGAGGAACCUUUCAUUGCUCAUUAAAGACCUGCAGUUUUCUGACAGUGGCCUGUAUCACUGCCGGGUAGAACUUGACUAUAACAAGUUUCAAGACAAAAAUGGGAGAGCACUAAAUGUACUAGCCCCAGCCCAAAUCCUACAGCUGUCUCUGGACCCUGAUCCCCCGUCAGGAUAUAGGAUGCUGUGCACUGCAGAGGGAAACCCCUUACCCUCCAUCACCUGGAUCACUCCCGGGGGCAAGGUCACCAAUAGCACCCAUGUCAAAAGAAACACAGCCCUGUACCAGACAACAGGAAUACUUUACAUUCAGGGAGCAGACAGCUACACCUGUGUGGCCACAAAUAAGUAUGGCAAUGCAGAGGAAGUGUACAAUAAAAAAAAAACUUUUAGUAAAUCUAUUAUAGUAACAUGCAUCACAUUUUUUCUCCUUUUGGGUAUGCUGCUGGGCAUGCUAUUCUGGUUGAAAAGGAAAGGCACCCUGGAAUCAUGUGGACCUCUCUUGUGUUUGAAAGGACAGUGGCUGUCUCCUUCAUUGAGUGCACAAGGUGGCCAUAACCUAGGCACAACAUCAGAUCAAGAGGGCUCUGACAUCCCUGUAUAUGCUAUUGUUAUUCAGGAAACUGAAAUGCAAACUAAGUCAGAAAGCCCAAGUCACUGCAUGUACACUGAAAUUAAAUUUACCAGAGAAGAGCCAGGUCCCAGGAGUCGUACAGUGCACGCUGAAGAGCAAGGUGUCCUGUAUACCGACAUUGCAACCAGAAUCCCUCAGAAAUAAAGCAAAGCUGCAAUGCAAACCAUGCAAUGACCAGGACUACAAGACAAACUUCUGGAGGAAAUGGCAACACCAACACCUGGUCAUAUCUGGUUGCCUUCCUUGCAUCAUUUAAGGGAUAUUUCUCAGACAUAAGAAAAUUACUUAAUGAGCAACGGAUGUAAAAUAUCAGUUAUCUUAACCAAUUUAUCUUGUUGUUUAGAUUCACUUUGUAUACAGUUUUCUAUUACUCCAUAACUCAGGAGUUUAAAGCGCCCCUGUAGCCUCAGUUGGGGAAUGCAACAAUUAAUUUCUUACAUCCUAGGGGCAGAGUGUUAUAAGGACUGGUUAACAGUUAAACUCUCGGUGUUGUGUUGAGCCUGCAGUGGUACUACUUCAGGGUGUUAAAGUCACCAUGUAAUCAGCGAAACAGAAAAUUAUACAAACUGAAGUCAAACAACAAAAAGAAUACAAUAGUUAAGACAACUGUCAUCUUUUAUACCCAAGUUUCUCCCACUCAGUACCACCCCAUCUCUUGUGGACUGCAGAGGAAUACUCUCUCCACCAAAUAAAACUGGAGACUUCUUCUCUCACUGCAUUUGGAGUUCUGGCCUGGCUUUCAAAAGCACUCUUUAUAUUCAAGACUCAGGGGGGAAUUGGUACUGCAGCUUUCUCACUUGGGGCAUCUGUAGCAAACUGGAUUCAUUUCUUCAAUUGUGUAAGGACAAUUUAAUGACCAAUAUUUACCUUUUGGGUAGCAUUGGGUCAUACCUACUAUAUAAAAAGUACAAUGCUGUUGUUUGUUUAUAAUGAAAUAAAUACAUUUUAAUGUUCAUGGAACUGGCUGUUGUUGUUCCUUUGUUUUCAACAAUAGUCUAGGAGUUUUGUGUAUAUAAACCUUUUAACCGCUAUUGGCUCUACCUGCUUCAUAGACCAAGUACACAAUAGACCAGGUGCACAACCAAAUUCUGAGAUUUAUUCAGGAAGUACUCAAAAGCAGAAAAGGUGAACAAUUGUAUAAAAUGACAUAAAGUCAUGUAUUCUUGUUGUUCUUUACUUUGUACGUCAUUUUCUGUUUCCGUCAUCACAGCCAGGAGACUUUGAGAAACCUUAAAGCAUCUUUGUUUCUCCCAGACAUUUUUACAUCACUUCAUUAUAGGAUGACCGUUUGUGUAAAGAAUGAAGAGCACGAUGAACUGGUAUAUGACGUGCUAUUCAGAGCAGUAGAUAGUGCUGUGAUUAAGAUUGCUUGACUGUUUCACAGUUCAGGUUAAGAGGGUUGUAUAUCAGGAUACCGAACUAACCCCCAUUAUUACUAUCUCUUAUUUACAUAUCAUUCACCAAUCUCUACAGCCAGGUUAUAGGGGCUUGUUUCAGUAGCCUGGCAUGGAAGGGAAGGGCAUUGACAAGGUGUAGGGGACCUGGAUUGGUCAAUAAAGUAUAAUACACAACCAUUUACCAACUCUGAAUAUCUCUAAAAUGUAAAGUAGCUGUUAAAAUUACAACACCACCGUAUAGUACCACAGGGAAGACAAUAGUCAGACUAGCUGUCUAAUAAAACCUUGCAGUGGACUUGAUUAAAUGCGGUCAGCCUGAUCCAGAACCCCAACAGCAAGUGAUAUAGAAUGGAAAUCUUAAAUGACAGUAGGAUGCUGCGUUUAGGAUCUAACAUUUUGAACUAGGCUAUGUUUUUAGUAAUCUGUGUCUAUACGUUGUCUAUGCUGCCUUAUG